GUCCACGCCGAGCCUCUUGGAUUCAGCACCGCGGACAGCGACGCACUCCGCAGUCCCGCGCGGGGGAGGCGAGCCGGUCUUUGGAUGCGGAGUUUAUUGAGACGCGGUGCUUCGUGUGUUCGACCGUGUGAUGUGAGGCGCGCAAGCGCUGGUUCACCGACGACAGUGAAGCAGCCGCCUUUCUUAUACUGGCGGCGCUGCGGCGGUAGGCGGGCCUUGACGCCACUCUGGAAGGUGAUUGGAUAGUCGCCGCGGCUGUCACGCGGGCGUCCAAUCAGAGACGAGUGGCUCGGCCUCGGGCGGAGUUCGAGGAGACGCGCGGUUAGUUUGUGUUGGUCGGAGCGGGAGGAGGAGGAGGAGGAAGACUUGAAGGAGGAGGCGACAGCUGUCAUUUUUUCAUCUCCACCAUCGGGCACGUUUCUCGGGAUCGGAGCCAGUCGGCGGGCGGUUUCUGUCUUACAUGAAGCUGCCGCUUGCUCCAGAGGCGGACAUGACCGUGAGCGCACCCCUGGCGCGGGAAAACACGCGACGCUCUUCGAUCCCGCGUCUUUGGCAUCACCUGGGAAUCGAAUCCUAAAACCCGCCGCGCAGAAACGGGAUGGAGUGGUGAAGUUGGACGACGGAAGAUGUCGCUCCUCUGUCCUUUCACCGAUAACAACCGGUGGUCGGUGUGAGUGGAAGUGGGUUUUUUGGAUGCGAAGCGCGGUAUUUCACGGCGCCUCCCCAAAUCUCGCGGGAUAAAUCAAGGGGAGAACCUGAGCAGGCGAGCGGAGGAAACAGGGAAACAGGAGCCGCCUAUAUGAAGAUGCUGAUGUGUGACCGCGGGGUCCAGAUGCUGGUGACGACGGUGGGCGCCUUCGCCGCCUUCAGCCUCAUGACCAUCGCCGUGGGCACCGACUACUGGCUCUACUCGCGGGGGGUCUGUCGAGUGAAGAGCAGCGGCGACAACGACACCAGCCGCAAGAACGAGGAGGUGAUGACGCACUCCGGCCUCUGGCGAACCUGCUGUCUGGAAGGAACCUUCAGGGGCGUGUGCAAGAAGAUCGAUCACUUCCCAGAGGACGCCGACUAUGAAGCAGACGCUGCUGAGUAUCUCCUGCGUGCUGUCCGUGCCUCCAGUAUUUUCCCUAUCAUGAGUGUGGGGCUGCUGUUUCUGGGGGGACUCUGCGUGGCCGCCAGCGAGUUUUACCGAAGUCGGCAUAACGUCAUCCUCAGCGCAGGGAUUUUCUUCGUCUCUGCAGGCCUCAGCAACAUCAUCGGCAUCAUCGUCUACAUCUCAGCCAACUCGGGCGACCCGGGCCAGAGCGACAGCAAGAAGUCCUACUCCUACGGUUGGUCCUUCUAUUUCGGCGCUCUGUCCUUCAUCAUGGCGGAAAUGGUGGGCGUUCUUGCCGUGCACAUGUUUAUAGAGAAGCACCGCAAGCUGCGAGCCAAGUCCCGCACGGAGCUCAUCAAGAAGUCUGCCUUUAGCCGCAUCCCAUCGUACCGCUACCGCUUCCGGCGUCGCUCCAGCGUACGUUCCUCGGAGGUCCCCAGCCGCGACACUUCUCCGCUGGGGAAAGGCGGCUACACGGGCCCGGCCGCAUCUGAGAUGCCCAUGUACACGCUGAACCCGCGCGAGGCGGGCAACACUGGCACCAAAGCCACCGGGAUGGGCGGGCUGCUCAACUCGGAGCGGGAGUUCCUCCAGAGCAGCACUCUCACUAAAGACUACAACAAGGACCCCAACCGCAGGACCACGCCAGUCUGAGAGCGCAGACGUCCCGGAUGAGACACACAGGGUCAGCGGGGGGGGAGGGGCCAAAGGGGUUUGAUAAACUUUGACUGUGAACUGUGAACUUUUAGCCUUCGAACUGUGAAUCCUGAGCCCUGUGAGAAUUUGUGUAGCCGGAGUGGGAACGGCAGAGAAGUUGUUCCACUCCACCACCGACAGGUCCACGUGCCUGCGGUCGGCUCCUCUGGGCUUGGAGCAGCUUCUCCCAGACAGAGAAUAAGUCCUUCACAAGCGUCGUGUUCGCCUUCCAGAGGACUGAGGAGAGAAGGACCGUGUAGCCACAUCCACGCCUCUAUGUUUUCACCUCUCUGUCGGAAACACCCUGAGAUAAGCCCUGCACCAUGGUGGCAAGAGUCUUUCAAACUAGCGCCUAUGUUUUCCAAGCUCUCCGCUGCCCUUCCCAACACGUCGGUCGAAGAAAAGUUAAGGAAACCAGGAAACCGCGUCUGAGAGUCCGGACAGGCUCAGAGAAGUGCUUUACAUUGUCGUCGGUCCCGUGGAUAAUCAACUACCUGCUGACACCGGCACGUGCCGCGGCGUGUCAGGGUAAUGAUGCGGUAGUCCGGACACCCAAGCCAUCAGAAAACGUACCGUGUGGAUGUCGCUGCUCUCCUUCUCUCCAGACUGUUGAGCAAGGGAGGAACCCAGGGGCCACUGUGGUUCAGACUCAGUUCAGAGGAGCCCUUCAUCGCCGCGUGGCACCAUCUGUUUUGUACAUAAAGGUUUCAUAUGGAUUUGUCGACCGGUCACACUGAACUGGAGCUGAGUCCAGUGGCUCCUGUUUCCUCUGUUUCCUGAAGUCAGGAAGAAUAUUUGAGUCUCUUCUCGAGGGUAAAUCUAAGAUCAUUGGUGCUUCCUUUGAAUCCUGUUUUAGCCAGUCUCCUUUCUUUCUAACCUGAAAUGAAGAUGAUAUUCAUGUCUGUCACCCCUCACCACCCAUGUUUUCCCAUCUCACCUUCACCGGUCACCCGCUUCUCCUCCUCCACAAGGGACUGGCUGUAGGUUUCGUCUUCCGUCGGCGUUGCCUCUAGACCGGCGACAUUUUCUGGAGUCUGUUGCUCCGAGAUGAGUGUGUGGAAUGAGGCGGAGCCGAAAAUAAGUUGCCCACUACCUCGCACUGAAUUCAUAUCAAACUCAGAAGAAUUGUAACGCUGAGGAGAAGUACAUAUCUGUAUAUACACGUGUAGUAUUUGCCGGACGUGUAGACGGCCACGGUGCUGUGGGUAGGUCCUCGGUUUCAAACAUUAUUUCAUGUUCAAAACAAUCCAUGGAUUAGGCUCGUUUCAGUCUCCAAAUCAUGUAGAAAAUUAUCUAGAGACAUUUUAAUUAUUGGCUUCAAACACAUUUAGUAAUGUAGUAAAGGAGGAAUGAACUGCCACUCUGUCAGCCUUUAUCUGGUUUUCUACAUGAAAAUUCCGGCCUGGUCUCGCGUGCAACUGACUGGUGGCAGCGAUCCAUUCGUGUGGGAAGCCAAACCAGCCACCGCUGGACUAAAUAAUCUUGUUGAUCUUCGUGAAAAGAACGUUUUUUUGAAGCCAUAUUUUCUUAAACCUCUUUAGUACGUCAUGCAGGGAUUUGCAAGAGAGGAAAUCAAUAAGUCAUGUGACGCGUGAGUUACACACAAAUCUUCAGGUUCUGUUUGAGAUUGACCCAAAAAUGUUCCUGCCACUCACACGUCACUGUUGCGUACUCUGGAGCAUGUCUGUCACCUCGUAUAUCCAGAGCAACUCAGAUGAAAUGAGAUUUUCCAGGCAAAGUUGCAUGAAGGCAUUUGACCAGCCCCAAAACUGAAUCCCUUGUGAAUGAAACAUGCAGCGUUUGGUGUUGAAGGAAGUGUCGUGUGAGUUGAUCAGAUGUUUCCUGUUAAUAUGAGCUUCUGAUGGAGAUACGUGAGGAUCACGUAACCGACUCUCCUCCAGGUGGCUGCUGACUGUGCUUCUCGUUUGCCCUUUUCAACUUCACCACUGCAUAGUGUCUUGGUGCAUCACAUUACUGAGCUCCGGUGGCGGUUUGGGGCGGGACUAGUCGGCUGCUCCGGCAUGUGCCGAGUCGCCACCUGUUUUAGGAACUUCUCUUAACUUCUACUGAGGCACCAAAUAAGCACCCUAACACUAAAGUGGAAGGGAGGUGACAGGUGACGUCUGAAUCUUUGCAGGGUGAUUUCAUUCUGUAUGUUAGCGGCGCCGGCACGCAGAGCAGAGCGGCUUCAACAACUGUGAGACUUUAUAAAUCUUUAAGUGAAACAUGUGAAAAUCUCGAGUCCUCUCCGCACUCCUCCUCGACCACCCACUGUUUUGCUCCAGCGACUCACACAUAUGGGCCACAUGGUCGCAGCAUAAUAAAAAAUGCUGUAAAAACUUAGUCCAGCUGUUUUAUUCAUGCCGUUUUAUCCGCCGUCUUCGGCGCCAUCUUGAAGGGACGGUUCUUCCCAUGUAAAUAUUAAUUUGACAACAUCCAUACUUGUCAUGGGCUGUGAAAGAGAAAAGCUACUUUUCUCCAAGCAAGGGCUUUUUAAUUUUUAAAAGACAGGAGCACACAAGGGCUCUUUACGCUGUGCGCCGCGGCGCUGUCCUUGUGAGGGUGUUGUGUUGCGCGGGAGAUGAGGGAAAGUACUUUUGCACGCAGGAACAACUGUUUUUAAACCAGCUUGAGUAGCUAGCGGCGUUUGGCGUGAUCAAAGCCACUCGCCGCCGCAGAAGUAGCUUAAAACUGUGCUUUUGUGCUUGUUAGGUAGACGUGUCCGUAACUAGACUGGAUUAUUACUGCCUUAAACAUGUAGGACAGAAGUGAGUUGUCUGAAUCAUAUAUUAGUGUAACGCCAAAUAUUACUCUCCUGCGUUAGGGCCUCCAGUGUAGCCGUAGGUGGUAGGUUCCCGCCAGCACAUCCCAGACCCCUGAGGUCCUUCAGGAGUCCAGAACUGCCUUCCAUGAGCCAUAUCAGCAUCCGCCUGUCAUGCAUGCCAUACUCAUCCUCUUCCAGCACUUUCGCAUCCACUGUGUCUGUAAAACCGGUCUCAGACGGCACCUGGCCUCUGUCAUCUGUAGGGAGGGUCCAGUCGCGGCACCUCAGCGGGGGUGCGGGCCUCGAACUGUGCCACUGAUGUUUACUGCAACAGAGCGCCGGGUGCCUUGGGAGACGUGUCUUUCUCAGCUUCUUCUUACCGCCAUACAGCUUUGAUAUCAACAAAUAACUGUAUAAAAAUAAGAUAUUCUACUCUGAAGGUGCCACCGUGACCGAGCCUGUCACGAUUAUUAAUCCACGGACGGGUGGGGGCAACCGACGGGGGGGUCUUUGUAAUAUUACGAUAUCCUAGUUUGAGUUUUCUACUUUACGUGGUCUGUGAGGUUGUGUUGUUGUGGUCACACCUGAAUCUGAUGGGAAGACAGAGCAGAGACUCUGGGACUGUGGACGUUCACCCGCCGGCGUCGGAGGUCACCGUCCUAAUGUCGAGUAUCACACUGCAAGUGCAAUGCUUUCAUGCCAGGAUCACUGUUGGCUCCACUCAUGAGGACAAAUUGGCUUUUUGGAAUCAAGUCUGGUGCAGCAGCUGCUGAAGUGAAAGACAGUUACGUUGACCUCAGUGUUGGCACAGUGAGGAGCCUGAGGUUCGAGUACAGGAGACCAGACCUUGCAUUAAAUGUGAGGACAUAUAUUUUCAAUCUGCUUAAAUGGUUAAACAUUAGAGCUACAUGAUAAAAACAAUACAUCAUUUGAUCAUUUACUGUGAAAAUGAAAGGCUAAUUUCUUGACAUGCAUAUUAGUUACAUGGUUCAGAAAGAGCUGAGCUGCAGGACAAAGCUAAGCUCCUACUGCCACCUGUAGUCAGAAGCGUUGUGUAGCGACCCAACUAACAAGAUUGUGUCCAAAAUGAGCGACUGUCUCCCGGCUUCUAUUCCCUCGUGAAUGCCAAUGCUAACACUAGCUUAUAGGAACUAUAAAAAGUCUGGCGUCCCAACAAGUUCCACUCUAAAUUCUAAAAUGCUAGUGCUAAAUAUGCUAGCGCAGUAGCAGAACUAUACAAACAGGGUGUGUGAGACAGUAAUUAGCAUUGUAACUUCCUGAAUUUCCCAGUUGAGGACGCGAUCAUCCAGACAUUGGGGGUUUCUUCUGAAGGAAGCACUGCGUGGCCAGUUUGUCCUCAACAGUAGAGAUGAAGCCAAACACAAGAGCAUCCAACACAAACACACAUUGCAGCUUGUCAGUGUGGCGUGGGGACGUGUGUGUCCCGUGGACAUCAUUGUGUCGUGGAUAGACGAAGACUGCGGAGUGAGGCUGAUCUGUGAAUAUUUACGACACCUUUCCUGCCGCACACACACACGAGCGAAAACACUGUGUGAGGAGGGCUUUCGGCUGCAUGUUUGUGUGUGCGUGUGUGAAGCCGAUGUGUGCGUGACGCUACAGACUCUCCUUAGCUGUGCACCGAGUGCCUGCCCGGCCUGCCUUCCGACUGCUCCCAGAUCAGCCACGGGGCUUCCUGUAGAACCUCCUGUCCAUCCUCCACACAGAACUCUGCACUGGGAUCAGAGCUCACUAUUACUCAGCAGAUGCAGCCAUAUUUGCUCCAAGGACUGUUUUCCAGUCUGGUGAUGCGACCGAUGAGCGAACGGCACCUUUAGAUGCAGGUAUACUUGAAACUGGCCGAGGGGGUUCCAGACUCCUUAUGAAAGCCAGUCUUCAGUCCACACUGACCAACCUGUCCACAGACACCUCCAUCAGUAACUCGAGGAGAGUGUUGGCCCUCAGCUCAGUGAGUCGUCAACCCUGGAGAGAUAGAGUUGGUGACAUACCUGGAGCGACGGCCCUGAUGUGUUUGGUCAACACUGCACUCAAACACAAACACCAGGUGGAGGAGUCAGAUGUGGGGACCAGGUUGGAGGUAAUAAACUGACCCUAGAUUAAUCUUCCAUAAAUCUAUUUGAAUUUAACGGACCUUUAAGGUAUUAAAAUGAGAGCUAUGUCUGUGUGAAUAUAUAUAUAUAUAUAUAUAUAUAUAUAUAUAUAUAUAGAGUCAUGUAGCAAUUUAUCAUCAAGUGAUCUCACACCGACCAGGGAGGGAGUGGCAAAGGAUGGAUGGAGCGUGGCGUGUGUGGGCAGCCCCGUACCUCUGAGCCCUGUCAUGCGGUCCCACUGCAAGCACACACACAUGCAUGCAGACACACACACGCGCACACACAGCUGCCAGCCAGACUCACUGUAUACUUUCUAAUGUAAACCUCUGACUAACAGCAGUCUCACCAGGACUGUGAAGAAAAGCACACUUUUACUUCUAUAAAUAUGAUUACCUAUAUCUAGAGAGGAAGAAUAUUAUAUACAAUAUCAUCAUUAGAAAAUAAAGAUCACCUUUUCAAAAGCACCUGUGUGGCUUUCUCUUGUGUUUGUUUGCCAUUCACGGACUCAACCAUCCGAUUCACUUGCAUAGAUUCACGUAGCCGGUGCCAGAUAUGGAUCGGCAGGCUGCCGAUACACUGCCCCUGGGGUUAUCGCUGCCUCGGGAGGGCGGGACACUGCGGAGGAUGGGCGGCACUUAGGUGGCAUCAGGUGAUGGAAACAAACGUCCGGGUUCAAGCUCACUGCAACCUUCAUGGUGCCAGCCUGUCUGGACGAAAUCCUCACCUCAGAGUCCAGGACCUAGAGGGCCAGAGACUAAAUCAGGACCAAGACCAAUGAGGGGGUCGAGACCAAGCCCACACCAAGGGUGUUGCAGUGAUGGUCUCAGUCUUGGUCUUGCCUCCGUUGAUGGUCUCAGGUUAGGAGACACUAUUUAUCCCACUCACUCAUCGAAUGAAUAUUUUGAAUCCUUGUACAGGGGUUGG